AUGGACGUUAUUUUCCUGGUAGCAUGUUGUGUAUGUUUAGUGGCUGGACGCCCACAAUAUGCUUACCCUGCCGCCACGCCCAUACCUAUCCUGGUGGACGAAAGGUUGCCCAUUGACCUGCAAGGAGGCUAUGGAUUCAGGAUCCAGACGGGAAACGGCAUCGCGUGGCAAGAGACAGGAGCGGCGGCCUCUAGGAGUGGACAGUACACGUUCACCCAUCCCGACGGCACUCCCCACACCCUCUCGUACACCGCGGGCGUGGGCGGUUUCCAGCCGGUGUCUGACCUCCUCCCGACGCCUCAUCCGCUCGAACCUUGGCAUAUCGAACAGAUCCGAUUCGCUGAAAGCCAAAGAGCGGCGGCGGCGGCAGCAGCUUCAGCAGCGGCGGCUGUUUAG